AUGUUGGCAGCCAGCAGUUUUCUCUCUGAAGAUCAGUUUCUGUGCUCCAUCUGUCUGGAUGUGUUCACUCAUCCAGUCACCAUACCAUGUGGACACAACUUCUGCAAGAACUGCAUCACAAAACACUGGAAUGUGAAUUUACACUGUCAGUGUCCCAUGUGUAAAGAUGUCUUUGACAGAAGGCCUGAACUACGAGUCAAUACAUUCAUCAACACAGGAGAUGUUCUCUGUGAUGUCUGCACUGAAACCAAACUGAAGGCUGUGAAGUCCUGCCUGGUGUGUCUGACCUCCUACUGUGAGACUCACCUGGAGCCUCAUCAGAGAAUCUCAGGACUGAAAAGACACAAGCUGAUUGAUCCUGUGAAGAACCUGGAAGACAGAAUGUGUAAGAAGCAUGAUCGACCUCUGGCACUGUUCUGCAAGACUGAUCAGAUGUGUGUGUGUCAGUUCUGCACUGAGACAGAUCACAAGUCACAUGUCUAUGUACAUCUGAUAGGAGAAUAUGAAGGGAAGAAGGCUGAUCUGGGAAAGAUAGAGGCUGGAAUUCAACAGAUGAUCCAGAAGAGACGACUGAAGAUUCAGCAGAUUAAGGAGUCAGUUAAGCUCAGCAAUGAAGAAGCAGACAGAGAGACAGCAGACAGUGUGCAGGUCUUCACUGCUUUGAUAAAGUCUGUUGAGAGAAGUCUUGCUCAGCUCAUUGAGAUGAUUGAAGAGAACCAGAAAAGAACAGAGAAACAGGCUGAAGGUUUCAUCAAAGAACUGGAGGACGAAAUAUCUGAGCUGAUGAAGAGAAGUGCUGAAGUGAAGCAACUCUCACACAUUGAAGACCACCUCCAUUUCCUCCAAAGCUUCUCAUCCCUGAGGCCUGCUUCACCCACCAAAGACUGGACAAAGGUCAGAGUUCAAACAUCAUUUGAGAAGGCUGUGUCUCUGAGGAGAGCUGUGGCUCAGCUGAAAGUAUUCAGUGAAGAGAUGCAGGAUCUGUAUGCUGAUGCUGAACUGAAGAGGUUCCAGCAGUUUGCUGUGGAUGUUACGUUUGAUCCUGAUACUGCAAGUCCCUAUCUCAUCCUGUCUCAAGACAGAAAACAAGUCAAAUGUAGUGCGAUACAAAUUAAUGUCCCAGACAAUCCAUUGAGAUUUUCUGUAUGUAAUGCUGUUUUGGGAAAGCAAAGUUUCUCUUCAGGCAGAUUUUACUAUGAAGUUCAGGUUAAAGGGAAGACGGAGUGGGAUUUAGGAGUGGCUAGUGAGUCAGUUAUCAGGAAAGGAAAGAUCAGAUUGUCUCCUAAGAAUGGCUUCUGGACUGUAUGGUUGAGAAAUGGAAAUGAAUACAAAGCUCUUGCUGGCCCUGGUGUGACUCUCUCUCUGAAGUCGAAACCUCAGAAGAUGGGGGUGUUUGUGGAUUAUGAGGAGGGUCUGGUCUCCUUUUAUGACGUAGAUACUGCAACUCUUAUCUACUCCUUUACUGACUGUAACUUCACUGAGAAAAUAUAUCCAUACUUCAGUCCCUGCAGUAAUCAAAGUGGCAUAAAUACUGCCCCCUUGACCCUCACCCGUGCCACACACAUUUGA